CUUCUCAUCGCCUUCCUCGCGUCGCUCUCGUCUGGUGGUCGUCUCCCCUCCUCUCCCCCGUCCCCGCGCGAAUAAAGCCGGCGUCGGAUUCUCCCCAGCCCCAAGCUCCGAUUCCCCGCGCCGAACCAAGUAGGCUCUCGCCCAGGUUAGGAUUUGGCUCAGCCGAUGCGCCAGCGCGACGCAUGGCCGUGAACUGCCUAUACGUGGCCGCCGCAUCCACGGCGGCCAGCGCCGCCGCGCUGCAGUGGUGGGCGGCGUCCUUCCUCGACGCUCCGCGGGACGGGGAUGUCGGCGGCGGGGACUGGCUUAAGACCGUGCUGCGAUCGCACGUGACCGUUGCGCUCUUAGCGAAUCUGGCGGCACACGUGUUCCUCGUCCUCGUCCUAGCUCUUAAGACAUUAGUUUUUGUUCGGUUAACUCCUACAGAGACUAGAAAAGUGUUGGAACACAUCAUUAACUAUGUAAUCUACAAGGGAACUUUUCUCACAUUGGUUGUGCCUCCUAAUUCUCAACAAAUAAUCCUUUGGUCAACUUGGCUGGUCCUUCUUUGUUCACUGAAGAUGUUUCAAUCAUUGGCCAGAGAACGGCUUGAGUGCCUCCAUGCGUCACCCUCAGCAACUCCAUCGAAAUAUCUCCGUGUAUAUUCUGCAUUGUUGCUGGUUCUUUCAACUGAUCUACUAUGGAUGAAGCUUUGUGUAGGGUUCUGCAGUUCAUGCAAUUCUAAGUUAUUUUGGCUUAUGUUAUUUGAGCCACUUAGUAUUGCCUUUGAGUCACUGCAGUCUAUCAUGGUGCAUGGAUUUCAGUUGUUUGACAUUUGGCAGCGACAUCUGAUGGACAGCGGUGUGGACUAUCUUGAUUUCCAAAAAACUUAUAAACAAGCAGCAGGUUCAUUUUCUGAAUGGAGAGGCCAACUUAUAAGGAAUUUUGGUUUUGCCAUUGACCUGAUAAGCUUGUUGAUGUCACUUGGUCAUUAUUCGAUGAUCUUUUGGCUCCGUGGUAUGGCGUUUCACCUGGUCGACGCAGUCCUCCUGUUGAACUUGCGUGCUCUUGUAGUUUCAUUUUUGAAGAGAAUUAAGACCUACAUUAAGUUAAGAAAGGCACUCCGUUCGCUCGAUGGAGCACUCCCUGAUGCUACAUACGAUGAAAUCUGCACAUACGAUGAUGAGUGUGCCAUCUGCCGGGGACCAAUGGCUCGAGCUAAAAAGUUGCCUUGCAACCAUCUAUUUCAUCUACCUUGCUUGCGAUCUUGGUUGGAUCAAGGAUUAAUGGAGGAUUACUCUUGUCCAACUUGUCGAAGGCCACUCUUUCUUUCAUCUCAAGGGCAUUCUAGGUCAACAACAGCAGAGAUAGCAAAUAUUCAGCAGACGGUUCCUGAACAGCAGAAUCCUUCAGAUGGUGUUUGGAGAGGUGCGGGUCUUGAUUCUCGCUUGGCACCACCGUGGUCGAGCCCUGGGGUGGAUGACCCCAGUUCCUCUAGUGCAGUGAGAUCUGUGGGGCUUAGCGGCGUUCAGAUGAUGAUGAGGCAGUUCGCUUCUGUGACUGAUAAUUAUGGGCAUACAGAUACCACCUGGAAUCUGUGGCCUGAGUCAAUGGCAGGCCCUUCAAUUAUUCCGUCAUCUUCCUCGAGGCCCGAUGGGGUGUCUGCUAGCUUGCGGUUCCGAGGCACAGCAGGAACACCUAACGGAAGCAUGUUGCGGGUUAAUAUCAUGGUAGAUAGAGUACGAGAAGUUUUACCCCAUAUGCCUGACGAGCUAAUUAUUGAAGACCUGAUGAGAACGAAUAAUGUGAAUGCCACUGUGAAUAAUCUUCUGCUGAUGCAAUGAUAGAGCAAUACAACAUUUAACGAUGAUAUUUACUGCCUAUAAGUUUACUUAUGACAAGUUUGUAUAGUUAAAGACGAGCCUGGGUAUUAAAGCAUGGGUUCCUGUAAUAAGUGUUUUGGUCUAUUUUGUUCCAUAUGGAUAAAAUGCGCCAGCUUUGUAUAGUAGUCAUAACUGUACAACAUUAUGCUCAAUAUGCUGUAGAUUAAUGUAUGUAGAAAGAUGCAAGUGCUACCACCCAAAUAAAAUUACUAUAAGUAA